UUGUUACUGGCAGCUCUUUUUUUUUCUCUUUCGUCAGUAUUAAAUAUCUUGUUUAUGCUUUUCAGCUUCCCAUCACCAAUGUUUCUUGGAAUUGGACAGAUGGCAGCCACCAUACUUAUAUUGUAUGUGUCAAAAUUAAAUAAGAUUGUUCGCUUCCCUGAUUUUGACAAAAGUAUACCUGUGAAGUUGUUUCCUCUGCCCCUGAUUUAUGUUGGAAACCACAUAAGUGGAUUAUCAAGUACCAGCAAACUCAGUUUGCCGAUGUUUACAGUGCUCAGGAAGUUUACCAUUCCACUUACUUUACUGCUGGAAAUCAUCAUACUUGGGAAACGACACUCACUGAGUAUUGUAGUCAGCGUAUUUGCCAUCAUCCUUGGAGCUUUCAUAGCAGCUGGGUCUGAUCUGUCUUUUAAUCUGGAGGGCUACACAUUUGUAUUGCUAAAUGAUAUCUUUACAGCAGCAAACGGAGUUUACACAAAGCAGAAAAUCGAUCCAAAGGAGUUGGGAAAAUAUGGUGUCCUUUUCUAUAAUGCUUGUUUCAUGGUGAUUCCGACAGCUAUCAUCAGCUUUUCUACUGGAGACUUUCAACAG